AUGGGGCAGAUCGUCGCAACCUUCGAAGACUUCUACUACGACGUCGCUGCUGCGACAUCGCGCAUGAAUGAAAAGCCGUUCAGCGGCUGCCUUGAUAUGUUCGAGAAGUUGACAGAGGCCGAGUUGCUGGCGAACCGCCUGUCCAAGGGGCAGUGGUCCACGGAGCAGUUGGAAAGCGGAGCUGGCAGCAGCAAGGACCAGCCGCCACAGGCCGGCAAGGAGGCUGUUCCCUGCUCGAAGGAGGUUGUGGCCGCGACUUCCAAGAACA